AUGUCUGAAGCCUACAAGAACAAGGACUUGAACGACCUCGCCCACAAAGCCGAGCAAGACGCAAAUAGCCACGCUGCUAAACACGGUCAUGCACAUGGCGAUUCGACUAUCGACUCAGGCAUCGAUUCUGCCGCUGCAGAGAAGAACUUCCCAGGUGCAAACGUAACAUACGGGUCUGCAGCUAGCGGGGCGGGUAAUAACCGCGAUAUCCCGCCUGAAGAAGGCGGCGAUGUAGGCAGAAACGGGGAGGCGACGAAGGCGGGGGAUUUUGCGAAGGGAGGGGUAGGGGCACCGGAGAAGAGAGAUGAGACGUUUGCGAGGACGCAUGGGGGCGACGAUUCGGUUAGGGGGAAUGUUAGAAACUGA